AAAGAAAUCCUUCUUAUCUUAAAAUAACAAUUUAGAGAGUCCACUUGCAACACUCCAAGUCAAAAAUAUUGAAAACAGGAUCCUUCCUCUUUCCAACCAGAGAAGCUAACUACGAAACCUCUCACCCACUUUUAUAUAUAACCUCCCGCUACUCUGAAAACCCAAAAUCCAUAAUCAAAUACUAAAAAAGACUCCAAUACCUUUCAUCUAUGGCUUCUUCAGAUCAACAACAACAAGAACAAGACCAAUCAGCUUUAGAUCUCAUAACCCAACACCUUCUUACCGAUUUCCCUUCCUUAGACACCUUUGUCUCCACCAUCCACCACUGCACCACCUCAACUCUAAGCCAACGCAAGCCACCUCUUGCCACUAUAGCAGUUCCUACAACUGCACCAGUGGUUCAAGAGGUUGAUGAUCAAAGGCACUACAGAGGCGUCAGGAGAAGACCGUGGGGUAAGUAUGCGGCUGAGAUCAGAGACCCAAACAAGAAAGGUGUUCGUGUCUGGCUAGGCACUUUUGACACAGCCAUGGAAGCUGCAAGAGGUUACGACAAGGCUGCUUUUAAACUACGAGGAAGCAAAGCCAUUCUUAACUUUCCACUCGAAGCAGGAAAGCACGAGGACUUAGGAGACGACAACAAUAACAACAAGACUACUGUGUCUUUAAAAGCAAAGAGGAAGAGACAAGUAACGGAGGAUGAAAUUCAUGGAAGUAACCUGUGUAGCCAUAAAGCUGUGAAGAGGGAAGAGGCAGAAAUUCAGGCUCAGGCUGAGGUUUGCCCGUUAACACCGUCAAGUUGGAUGGGGUUUUGGGACGGACAAGACAGUAAAGAGAUGAGAAUAUUUUCUGUGCCUCCGUUAUCUCCUUAUCCAUCUCUUGGACACUCACAACUCGUGGUUACGUAAGGAGCAAAUUGGGAAAAUUCCAACAUUAGGUGACAUCAGAAACUUUAAUAUCAUCUACAGGCAAAACACCAAGAAGAUGAUAACAAAUAGAACUUGCUAAUUGUUCAAAUCUUAUUAGAUUAGCUAGUUGUAAAAAAUGCUUUGCUUUUAUUCAUUCAUUCUUCUGCUUUAUACCCUUAGACUUUAUGUUUGAAUGCUGUAUAAUUCAUUUAAUUUGAGCAAAGACGAUUUGUUUAUAAUGAGAUUAAAACA